AUAUGAUGUAAUUACCGAAUCACCCCAGUGACACGUUUCAAAAUCACUAGAAUGAAGGACUGAGUCUUCCGGGUGAUCUCUGAAAUUGCUCAGGUAAGCUUAGCUCACUAACUCUUCCAUGUUAUGUCUCUGCUGCUUUCGAAUCUUGUAAGAAAUCUCCCAUUGGGAGAUCUGCUCUCUUCCAGCAUGCUGAGUGUCAUUGAACUCAUUGGGGAUGUUUUUCAUGUGACUGGUCAAACGUUGUGUUAGGUGACUUGUAUGGGACUGAGGACACGGUCAAGGUAAGAAAAGAGAAGGAGGGGGACAUGGUUAGAUGGUUUCAUGUAGAUGGUUGGUUGUCAUUUUCUUUUAAUUGUGUUGAUGUUGUAGGCGUCACAUGUGUGACAUGUCUGACGGGGAAGAGCCUUGUUUGAAAUAGUCAUAUUAGUUCACUAGUUUAUAAUUUUGUAGCCAGUCUGUCAUUUGUAUGUGCCAAUUGUUGAUUAUAUUAUAGUAAAAGUGUAGUAUUCACAGUAGAGUGCUUACAGUUUCAUAUAAGGCAAACUGAUUAACAGUAGCUCUUUUUGGUAUGUAUGCCAGAUGCCAAUGAACAUAUGGAACCAGUUAUAGCUCCAUUUGAACUUUGAAUUCCUGUGAGAAAAGUACACUCUUAGAAAAAAAAGGUUCUAUCUAAAAGGGUUCUUUGGCUGUCCACAUAGGAUAAUCUUUUGAAGAACCCUUUUUGGUUUCAGGUAGAAUCCUUUUUGGUUCCAUGUAGAACCCUUUCCACAGAGGGUUCUACAUGGAACCCAAAAGGGUUCUACCUGAAACAAAAAAGGGUUCUACCUGGAACCAAAAAUGGUUCUCCUAUUGGGACAGCCGAAGAAUCCUUUUGGAACCUUUUUUUCUACGAGUGUAGUAAAAAAAGCAAGUAAACUGAAGAGACUAUUCAAAUUGUGAAAUUAAACAUGAAUUCACAUACGUUGUGCCUGUCCUAUAAGUCCAAACUAUUUGAUAUGAUUUCCAUUUUAAAUAUUUUUGGACUUGUUUUUCCAGCAGCAAACACGGCCAACACAGUGGCAUUUCAGCCAAGUGUGUAUUUAGCCUCAGUCAACGAAACUCCAAAAAGCAGGUACUGAUCACCGCCAGAUAAGCCUCCUUCUAGUUAUCUUGUUUAUGCAAAUGGUAACCAGGCUAUCAUGAAGAGAGCCCCAGACACAGACACAGAGAGAGAGAGAGAGAGAGAGAGAGAGAGAGAGAGAGAGAGAGAGAGAGAGAGAGAGAGAGAGAGAGAGAGAGAGAAGAGAGAAGAAAGAGAGGAGAGAGAGAGAGAGAGAGAGAGAGAGAGAGAGAGAGAGAGAGAGAGUAAUGGAGUCCUGUGGUAGUAGUAUGUCCACUCAAGGCCCAGAGGCUCAGAAUGACAUCUUCUGUCCAAGCCAUCCAGAACAGAAAUAGAACCUAAAGACCGUUUCCUCCCCAGGUGUUUGCUUAGGCUCAAAGUGGCAACGUAACCCAAUACCUAAUAUUUGACAGUUGAGAUUCAUUUAGGGUUUUUCUUGGUCAGGGAAUAGUGCUGUUGCCAUGGUUGGCUGCCUACGCCAAUGUUCUGCUAGUGAAUGAUGCCGAAAUAACUAAUCUCUCUAGACACAGUCCUGGAGUGUAUCAUAAUGGCAGCUAAUAUUGAAUUCACAGAUGAAAAUACGCGACUUGGGUCCCAGUAUUGUUACUGAUGAUAUUGUGAAAUCUGAAAUGAGUAUGAAACCAUGUCACCUCUGUGAAUGAUGGUGCUCGACCUGAGAGCAGGUCAACUCCAGUAUUUCUUAUUUUGCCUGGCGUCUUGACAUUUUCAACAAAGCCUUCAGGAGAACCGUUGAAGAGAGUGGUGAGGAGUGAACAGUGAAUAUAAAGCCAUCUUGUGUGUUUUGGGAGAAUUCCUUUUUGUAAAGGAGAGAUUAGUUUGACUAUAUUUGGAAACACUUCAGGAUGAAGAAGAAGGUGUGUGUGUGCAUGACAUCAUUUCCGUCAUGAUUGGCACUUGAAAACGUUUGAAGGUGGUUUGGGUGGCCGUCACCCCCCACGUACCCUGUGACCCCCUCUCUCUCGACCCUCUUUCCCCAUCCCUCUGAUCUGGAGGAGUGGAGCUAGCAGUCGUCACUAGCAGGACCUCUCUCUUUGAUCCAUAUCUAUGGAAGGAAAAACAAAGGCAGGCCUCUCAAUCAGGAUGGAAAUUCUUGCAACACUCAGAGUGGCCUGUUUAACGUAUCUUCCUACUGAUUUAAUCAACCUCUCACCAACUAAAGGGAUUAUCUUGAAGUGGACAAUAGUUCGCUAGCGUUGGGCCGUCUUGCUGUGUCUUGUGAUUGGCCAUUGAAAAUCAAAGGUUUGAUUAAGGGGGCCCUUAUUCAAAGCUGUUGCUUAAGUACUUCAUGUGUGUCAGUAUACAGUAUGUCACAGGAUAUGAGUGUGAGAGUGUGGGGGAGAUGUGUAUGGUGGUGGUGGGUGCAAUAGAUUGAGACAAAGGGGCCUCAGUGGUUGUCUGCUGUUUGGGCUGAGUUGUGUUAAUAAUUACAUAGCUGUCCUUGACCUGGACCUGAAUGAAAUACGCUUCUCUCUACGUCAUCAUAAGAUUGUGCAUAACAACUGAGUACCUGUUGGUGGCGCCAUUCAAGCAAAACCAUACCUGAUCAUUCUGUAAAGGUCAUGGAGUGUUUUUGAGACCACGUGUCUCAAAAGGAAUUUACAAUACAUGGAACAAUUGACUUACUAUAUGUGUGAUAUAUUUAUGCGUGAUACAGUACUGAAGUUCUGAACCAGUUUAAGAGUUUAUGCCUAAUAAGUUAAAAUAGUAGAAAAAGAAGGCUACAGUGUGAUUUGAUGACGUAUUGAGCUCCAGUUAUGUUUUUUUUAGCGAUGUUCUCAAUGAUUUGUUCUGAACUGUGAUUUCAUUUCAGUGAGCACCCCUAAUUUCGCUGAUUUAUUGCUGACAAUCACUCUCAAUGGAAUCCAAUCAAAAAUCUGGGGAUGGACUGACGGGCAUGCAGAAAGAGGUCUCGCUGCGUGCGCUCAUUCAGCGCACAGGAUACCAAUUACUGCAGGUAAGAACCAUAUACCAAGCAUUUAGGGCUUUCGCCUAAUCUAUGACCAAAUCUAUGAGUGUUGGAAGCUAUCAUAAGGCCCCCACACAAGUCAUCCUUCCUUAUGGAGUUUAUGCGUAAUGUGGAGAAGUGGGGCUCUGAUAAAAUCCAAGGCCUCUCCAUCAGUUUCAAACCUAUUCACGUGUGCGUGAGCUCUUUCCCUUGGCCUUGGUUAUAAUUAUUGAUAAUGGGGCACCACCCUGUGGUGAAAGACCCAAAUGACAGGAUCCCUCUGUCUUACUGCUGCAGUCUGGUCCAUGGCAAGUUCAUUUGGUUGGGGCUUCUACAGCUCAUACUGCAUUGUUAUGGGGAUUGUCUGGGUCAUUUGUGCACAACUACAACGUCAUACCAAAUGAAGAUAUCUGGGAGAUUUCUAUAUGAAUGCUAAAAUCUCUCAAUCGGAAUGAAACCUGCGCUACAAAGGGCAUUGAGGUGGAUCUCCUUACAAACCCUGUACUAUUGGUUACUCACCAUCAGUCCGUUGUGUCUACAGGAGAAUGGUCAGAGGAGGUACGGCGGGCCCCCUCCAGGCUGGGAAGGCCCUCCCCCAGAGAGGGGCAGUGAGAUCUUCGUGGGGAAGCUGCCAAGAGACCUCUUCGAGGAUGAGCUGGUCCCCCACUGUGAGAAAGUAAGAGACGUUUGCCAAUUAAAUCAGUUCCCGAAGGGUAACCUAUUGUGUGUCCUUGUUUUCAAAUAAAUCCCCUUUCUAUUCACAGUUUGGGAAGAUCUUUGAGGUUCGGAUGAUGAUGGACUUCAACGGCAAUAACAGGGGAUAUGCCUUUGUUACCUUUUACACCAAAAAUGAAGCCAAGACCGCCAUGAAACAGCUCAAUAACUAUGAAAUUAGGUAAGCAAUCACAUAACGCAAUAGAAAGAAAUUGAGAAAAAACCCUGUGUAGCCUAAUGGUUAGCUAACACAAACAUAUGCAUGAGUCAUGGAAAACUGAAUGCAAGACUACCAACACUCUCUUCAUCACCAGACAGAAACGAUAUCGGAUUUCAUUGUGUGCAUUGUUGACAAAAAAACGAAAUCAAUCUUUUCAUUCAAUCCAAUGUGUUUAUUCCCCAGGAACGGAAGGCUCCUAGGAGUGUGUGCCAGUGUGGACAACUGUCGUCUGUUUGUGGGGGGCAUCCCCAAAUCCAAGAAGAGAGAGGAGAUCCUGAUGGAGAUGAAGAAAGUGACAGAUGGGGUGUUGGAGGUGAUUGUUUACCCCAGUGCUGCGGACAAGACCAAGAACAGGGGCUUCGCCUUUGUGGAGUACGACAGUCACCGCGCUGCAGCCAUGGCCAGGAGGAAACUACUGCCAGGUACUAAACCUGUAUUUUAUACUAUUAACAGACAUAGUACUGGAGAAUCACAGUCAGUCUAAAAACAACACCAUUGUAACAUAACCCUAUGGAAGGACACAGUAAAUCAUACUGGAUCAUGAUGACUUUGAGGCUUUGAAAACCAAAGUGUACUUUAUGACUUUGGGUGGGCUAAUUGGCUGAAGUGUUGAACUGAUGUCCUUCCCUAGGGAGGAUCCUGCUGUGGGGACACGCCAUCGCCGUGGACUGGGCGGAGCCUGAAGUGGAAGUGGACGAGGACACCAUGGCAACGGUGAAGAUUCUCUACGUGAGGAACUUGAUGCUGGCUACUACAGAAGAGACCAUCGAGAAGGAGUUCAACAGUAUCAAACCAGGCAGGUUAAAUUACAGAACAGUCGAAUAGUGGAUCAUGUUUGGGUUCAGCAACGAGUUUCCGUAUGUGACUGUGUGUUAUAAUGGGAUUGAUAAGCGGAUGUAUGCUAAUGAUUCACAGGUACUGUGGAGAGAGUGAAGAAGAUCAGAGACUAUGCCUUUGUCCAUUUCACUCAGAGAGAGGAUGCGAUAAGUGCCAUGGACGCACUGAAUGGAAAGGUAUAAUCUCUCUCACUGACCUACUCUCUCACCGGCCUAUCUCUCUCACUGACCUACUCUCUCACCGGCCUAUCUCUCUCACUGACCUACUCUCUCACCGGCCUAUCUCUCUCACCGGCCUAUCUCUCUCACUGACCUAGUCUCUCACCGGCCUAUCUCUCUCACCGGCCUAUCUCCCUCACUGACCUAUCUCUCUCACCGGCCUAUCUCUCUCACUGACCUAGUCUCUCACCGGCCUAUCUCUCUCAAAGGCCUAUCUCUCUCACUGACCUACUCUCUCACCGGCCUAUCUCUCUCACCGGCCUAUCUCUCUCACUGACCUAGUCUCUCACCGGCCUAUCUCUCUCACCGGCCUAUCUCUCUCACUGACCUAUCUCUCUCACCGGCCUAUCUCUCUCACUGACCUAGUCUCUCACCGGCCUAUCUCUCUCAAAGGCCUAUCUCUCUCACUGACCUACUCUCUCACCGGCCUAUCUCUCUCACUGACCGAGUCUCUCACUGGCCUAUCUCUCUCAAAGGCCUAUCUCUCUCACUGACCUACUCUCUCACCGGCCUAUCUCUCUCACCGGCCUAUCUCUCUCACUGGCCUACUCUCUCACCGGCCUAUCUCUCUCACCGGCCUAUCUCUCUCACCGGCCUAUCUCUCUCACCGGCCUAUCUCUCUCACCGGCCUAUCUCUCUCUUACCGGCCUAUCUCUCUCACUGGUCUAUCUCUCUCACCGGCCUAUCUCUCUCACUGGCCUAUCUCUCUCACUGGCCUAUCCCAGGACAUGUAAUGUCAUGAUGACACAUGUUUUAUCUAAAGUGACUCCCAGUUAACACAUAUUCAACACAUUGAGCUCAUGUGGGGAUCAAAGUCUCAUCCCUACCAGGCUCCAGCCACUGAGCCAUCAGAACCAAGCAAUAUCAUACAACAAUGCAUGAUCCAGCCACAACCCGCCUCUACACGGAAUAGUUCCUAAAUGUAAACUCCUCCCCUAGCUGGUGGAUGGCUCUCCCGUGGAGGUGACCCUGGCCAAGCCGGUGGAUAAGGACAGCUACGUGCGCUACACCCGGGGUACAGGUGGCCGAGGUGGGGCCCUGCUCCAGGGGGAGUACGCCUACACACUGGGCCAGGUGUGUGACCCCUCAGCAGCCUACCUGGGUGCCCCCGUGUUCUACGUCCCCCAGGCAUAUGCUGCUGUUCCUAAUCAGUUCCGCUUCCCCAUGGCCAAGGGGCUUGUGGGGGGCCGUGGCCUGGUGCGCACGCCUUCGGUCAGAGGUGGGUACCUUCUCUCUGCAGCUAAUCAGUGAGACAGACACAGAUAAAUAUGGACAUGUAUCUACCAAUCUGUGUCUUUGAGUAGCUGAUAGGAUCAAUGGUAUCUGCUAUAAUCACUUGAGAUAUAUCCAAAUCCAAUGCAAACCAGCCUCAAUGGGUAGUUUCAAACAUCAGCACUUCCCUGAAAUAUUCAACUGAAAUUGCUUUGUUUGUUUGAAUCACAGCAAUACUUAAUUCAGUCUGGAGCCAAAUCCACAUUUUGCAAUUAUAUACUGUAUGUUCUUUCAUUACUGUCUAUGUUUGAUCUUCUAAUAGAGAUAACUUACCUAUUUUCAUGCAUUGAGCACUAUGAAUAAUGCUUUACUGUUUUAUUUAUAGUACUAAGAGAUUUAGGAUGUCUGACUGUCAUUCAAAAUUUGCUCUCCAUGGCUGCAUAUUACAGUCUAGUAUGACAAGUACGAUCAUUCAAUCAAGUUGGAUUUGGGGGGAAAUGUAAUCAAAAUAACUCCACAGCUUUAAGCAGUGAAAAUGAGAAUCGCUGUAUGACCCAUGAUCAGUCUUUACAAGGUCUUGAUUGCCUCCCAGGUGAUUUCUGGUGAUUUGAUUCGAUUUAAUGCCUUCUUGCAUUCCUAGAAAUUUACAUGAAUGUACCUGUAGGGGCAGCGGGCGUACGGGGGAUGGGUGGUCGCGGAUACCUCGCCUACGCAGGUUUAGGCCGAGGCUGUGCCACCUACCAGCUAAAGACAGACAAGCGCCCCGACGACAAGCUCUUUGACCUGCUGCCGGGCAUGGAGCUCACGCCCAUGAACCCUGUGAAGCCUCCCGGUAUCAAACACACACCACAGGUACACACACACACACGUCCAGACCUGAUGAGAACUGACAGGACAACAAACACACACACACUUAAUUACUUAGUAGCCGUAAAGAAGGUAUUCAGCAUUCUGCUCACGCAAUAAUUGAAAUGUUGCAGAAAAACAUAUCUAUUGAAUCACAUGUUUUCUUCCAGAUCUUGGAGGAUGUGUGUCAGAAGAACAACUGGGGGCAGCCAGUUUAUCAGCUUCACUCUGCCAUCGGACCUGAUCAAAGCCAACUGUUCCUCUACAAAGUCACCAUUCCGGCUCUGGCCACCCAAUAUCCUAAUGUGUGAGAAACACAGCCACAUCUAAUAUGUUUCAGUAGUGGCUUCCUAUAUCAAAGGAUCCCCUUGAAUAAUAUAACCCUGUAACCUUCUCCUCUAGCAUUUCAAUCAUUUAGCAGACACUCUUAUCCAGAGUGACUUACAGGAGCAAUUAGGGUGAAGUGCUCUGCUCAAGGGCACACCGACAGAUUUUCACCGACUUGGCUUGGGGAUUCAAACCAGCAACUUUCGGUUACUGGCACCAACGCUCUUAACCGCUAGGCUAACUGCCAAGGAUACCCUCUAACCUUCUCUUCCUUCCUUCUUUCCUUCCUCCAGGCAUCCGUUCACCCCAGCCAAGUUGUGUACAUCUGUGGAUGAGGCCAAGGUUCAUGCUGCGGAGCAUGCCCUGCAGACCCUGGGUCUGCAGACAGAGUGCGCUGAGGCCUCCGCUGCAGCUGUAGCCGUUGCUGCAUUCCAAGGUAUGUUGUGAAUGUCCGUGAGACUAACUAUCAUACCACCCUUUCUCUAGAGUAGGUUGCCUAGAACCACAUAAUGGUUACAAAUAAUGGUUACACUACAAAAUACUAACCAAACCAAAGGCAGUUCAUGAAUUACAUACAGUGGGGAAAAAAGUAUUUAGUCAGCCACCAAUUGUGCAAGUUCUCCCACUUAAAAAGAUGAGAGAGGCCUGUAAUUUUCAUCAUAGGUACACGUCAACUAUGACAGACAAACUGAGAAUUUUUUUUCCAGAAAAUCACAUUGUAGGAUUUUUAAUUUAUUUAUUUGCAAUUUAUGGUGGAAAAUAAGUAUUUGGUCACCUACAAACAAGCAAGAUUUCUGGCUCUCACAGACCUGUAACUUCUUCUUUAAGAGGCUCCUCUGUCCUCCACUCGUUACGUGUAUUAAUGGCACCUGUUUGAACUUGUUAUCAGUAUAAAAGACACCUGUCCACAACCUCAAACAGUCACACUCCAAACUCCACUAUGGCCAAGGCCACAGAGCUGUCAAAGGACACCAGAAACAAAAUUGUAGACCUGCACCAGGCUGGGAAGACUGAAUCUGCAAUAGGUAAGCAGCUUGGUUUGAAGAAAUCAACUGUGGGAGCAAUUAUUAGGAAAUGGAAGACAUACAAGACCACUGAUAAUCUCCCUCGAUCUGGGGCUCCAUGCAAGAUCUCACCCCGUGGGGUCAAAAUGAUCACAAGAACGGUGAGCAAAAAUCCCAGAACCACACGGGGGGACCGAGUGAAUGACCUGCAGAGAGCUGGGACCAAAGUAACAAAGCCUACCAUCAGUAACACACUACGCCGCCAGGGUCUCAAAUCCUGCAGUGCCAGACGUGUCCCCCUGCUUAAGCCAGUACAUGUCCAGGCCCGUCUGAAGUUUGCUAGAGUGCAUUUGGAUGAUCCAGAAGAGGAUUGGGAGAAUGUCAUAUGGUCAGAUGAAACCAAAAUAUAACUUUUUGGUAAAAACUCAACUCGUCGUGUUUGGAGGACAAAGAAUGCUGAAUUGCAUCCAAAGAACACCAUACCUACUGUGAAGCAUGGGGGUGGAAACAUCAUGCUUUGGGGCUGUUUUUCUGCAAAGGGACCAGGACGACUGAUCCGUGUAAAGGAAAGAAUGAAUGGGGCCAUGUAUCGUGAGAUUUUGAGUGAAAACCUCCUUCCAUCAGCAAGGGCAUUGAAGAUGAAACGUGGCUGGUCUUUCAGCAUGACAAUGAUCCCAAACACACCGCCUGGGCAACGAAGGAGUGGCUUCGUAAGAAGCAUUUCAAGGUCCUGGAGUGGCCUAGCCAGUCUCCAGAUCUCAACCCCAUAGAAAAUCUUUGGAGGGAGUUGAAAGUCCGUGUUGCCCAGCGACAGCCCCAAAACAUCACUGCUCUAGAGUAGAUCUGCAUGGAGGAAUGGGCCAAAAUACCAGCAACAGUGUGUGAAAACCUUGUGAAGACUUACAGAAAACAUUUGACCUGUGUCAUUGCCAACAAAGGGUAUAUAACAAAGUAUUGAGAAACUUUUGUUAUUGACCAAAUACUUAUUUUCCACCAUAAUUUGCAAAUACAUUCAUUAAAAAUCCUUCAAUGUGAUUUUCUGGAUUUUUUUUCUCAUUUUGUCUGUUGACGUGUACCUAUGAUGAAAAUUACAGGCCUCUCUCAUCUUUUUAAGUGGGAGAACUUGCACAAUUGGUGGCUGACUAAAUACUUUUUUUCCCCACUGUAUGCUGGCAAGUGCAAGUUUGUGAUAGGUUCUAGAAAAAAAACGUGUUCAAACUGAACAUCGUACAGACUCCACAAUAACGGCAAUAAAUUAGAUUGAACAAUUGAAAGGCACUAAUUUUAUGGCUAUCCAACCCAUGUCCUGUCUCCUGAUUUGCAGGUUACACAAUAGCGAACACCUCAGCCUCAGUAGCUGCCUCCCAGCUCAAACAGGCCGUCUCCCUGGGCCAGGACAUGGCAGCAUACACUACCUACGAAGGCUAUCCCGCCUUCGCCGUGGCAACCAUUGGAGACGGUUAUGGAGUGUUCUAGGGCCAUCCUGGAACCUCAUCUCAUUCACCAGCAUUCCUUGUUAGUAUACUCAUUUAUCAGACUAUAUAGAACUACACUGAACAAAAAUAUAAACGCAACAUGUAAAGUGUUGGUCCCAUAUUUCACGAGCGAAAAUAAAAGAUCCCAGAAAUGUUCCAUAUGCACAAAAAGCUUAUUUCCCUGUUAGUGAGCAUUUCUCCUUUGCCAAAAUAAUCCAUCCACCUGACAGGUGUGGCAUAUCAAGAAACAGCAUGAUCAUUACACAGGUGCACCUUGUGCUGGGGACAAUUUGCAGUUUUGUCAUGAGAAACAAUGCCACAGAUGUCUCAAGUUUUGAGGGAGCGUGCAAUUGGCAUGCUGACAGCAGGAAUGUCCACCAGAGCUGUUGCCAGAUAAUUGAAUGUUAAUUUCUCUACCAUAAGCCACCUCCAACGUCGUUUUAUAGAAUUUGACAGUACGUCCAACCGGCCUCACAACCGCAGACCAAGUGUAACCACGCCAGCCCAGGACCUCCACAUCCGGCUUCUUCACCUACAGGAUCUUCUGAGACCAGCCACCUGGACAACUGAUGAAACUGUGGGUUUGCACAACCAAAGAAUUUCUGCACAAACUCUCAGAAACCGUCUCAGGGAAGUUCAUCUGCGUGCUCGUAGUCCUCACCAGGGUCUUGACCUGACUGCAGUUCGGCGUCGUAGCCGACUUCAGUGGGCAAAUGCUCACCUUCCAUGGCCACUGGCACGCUGGAGAAGUGGGCUCUUCAGGGAUGGGCAGAUGGCAGAGAGUGUGCAUGGUGUCGUGUGGGCGAGCGGUUCGCUGAUGUCAACGUUGAGAACAGAGUGCCCCAUGGUGGCAGUGGGGUUAUGGUAUGGGCAGGCAUAAGCUACGGACAACGAACACAAUUGCAUUUUAUCGAUGGCAAUUUGAGUUCCCGACAAUAUCCAGCAACUUCGCACAGCCAUUGAAGAGGAGUGGGACAACAUUCCACAGGCCACAAUCAACAGCCUGAUCAACUCUAUGCUAAGGAGAUGUGUCGCGCUGCAUGCGGCAAAUGGUGGUCACACCAGAUACUGAGUAGUUUUCUGAUCCACGCCCCUACCUUUAAAAAAAAAAGUAUCUGUGACCAACCGAUGCAUAUCUGUAUUCACAGUCAUGUGAAAUCCACAGGUUAGGGCCUAAUUAACCCAUUGAUUUCCUUAUAUGAACUAUAACUCUGUAAAAUCUUUUAAAUUGCAUUUAUAUUUUUGUUCAGUGUACGUAGUAUCCAUUGUGUGGUUUUCAUUUGAUUGUGUGGAUCUAUUUAGUUGUAGAGGAGGACCCUAAUUGGAUGUUGUAGAGUUAGCAAGUUGUCAGAGGUAGUUUUGAUGGGUUCUUAUGUAUUUUAUCUUUAUUUUGUCUUUUUUUAAACUCAUUGUCUUUUUUAUGACACAGCUGCUGGUUCAUAGUGAUGGAUUAGUGGUCUCCUUUGACCCAAUAGUGUAGAAGUGUAAGUGUCCCUUUCAAAUUUAUUCAAUUAGUCCUAAAAGUCUUCUUUGGAUUUCCUUAUAAAUCAUUGAUAGAAAUAUAGUUUUCAAAUGUCAGGGAUACAAUUUCUGCCUUUAGUUUCAAGGGUGACCUUUACUUUAUACCUACAAGUCCCUUUUGAUGUUGUUGCACGGUUGUACAUUGUUAGACUAAAAACACUGGCGUGGUUCAGUCCCUUUUGAUGGUGAGGGGUUUCUUUUGUGCUAUUUGUGUCUCGGUAUUUACAAAUGCAAACACAGAAUUUGUUUCCCUCUCUUUUCCGAUGUUAUAGUGUGCAGAAGAUGAAAUCCAUCCAUAAGCUGCUGUGAAACUGAACUGCCUAUUUUAAGACGUUAAGGGUUUGUUGUCUAUGGAAACGUGUCUGAGUCAUGGAAUAUUUAUUGUCAAAAUGUCUGGUUUUACAUUGGAAUAAUAUGUUCGCUAUGGACAAUCCUCUUGGACAGAGAUCGAUGUCAUUCUAUGUUGCGUAUUUUCCUUAUUGCCUUACACCAAACCUAGGCCUGCGAACAUGGACAUAGGAAGUGUUAACACAUUUAUCAGCGUACAAAACGACACUCUGUUAAACAUGAAAAUGCCUAAGCAGUGACAGUAUUAAAGUGUGUAUAGCGCUUAGAACUUAUUUUUAUACCAGAAAUCCAACAAUAUUUGUAUAGUUAUAUUGUUUCGGGAUAUUUCAAAUUCUUUGUGCCUCAAUAAUUUCAAUAAAAAUCAUAAAGGGGUGAAAUAAAUACAAAUCUGAAAUGUAAGGAGAAAUGGGAACACUUUUGUGAAACAACGUGUGGUGCUGCUUGGGUAAUUCUAAUGUGUCAUGAUCGGUAAUUGCCUGCGAUAAAUAAACCAAUUGCAUUUUCAGA